CGGCGCCUCACGGCCUCUGACGCGGGCAUCAUGGCGGCGCGGCGGCAGCUGCUGCUGCGGCGGGCGGCGGCGGGCUGGCGGCGGGGCUACAGCUCGGCGGGCGCUGCCGAGUACCUGCACCGCAGCAUCGUGCCCACCAUGCACUACCAGAAGAGCUUGCCCAGACUGCCGGUUCCCAAAUUAGAAGAUACAAUUACGAGAUAUCUGAAUGCCCAGAAACCGCUUUUAAAUGAUGACCAAUUCAGGAAAACUGAAGAACUUGCUCAUCACUUUGAAAAGGGAAUUGGAAGAGAGCUGCAUGAGCAACUGGUUGCUCAAGAUAAUCAGAACAAGCAUACUAGUUAUAUCACAGGUCCCUGGUUUGACAUGUACCUAAAAGCACGUGAACCUGUUGUUUUGAAUUUUAAUGCAUUUAUGUCUUUUAAUCCUGAUCCGAAAUCUGAAUAUAACGAUCAGCUCAUACGAGCUACGAACAUGACAGUUUCUGCUAUACGUUUCAUGAAGACCUUCAGGGCUGGUCUUCUUGAACCAGAGGUUUUUCACCUCAAUCCGGAAAAAAGUGACACUGAGAUCUUCAAAAAAAUUAUCCGAUUUGUGCCUUCUUCACUUUCUUGGUUUGGUGCCUACAUGGUCAAUGCAUACCCCCUAGAUAUGUCUCAGUACUUCAGGCUUUUCAAUUCUACGCGGCUGCCUAAACUCAACAGAGAUGAGCUUUAUACAGAUGAAAAGGCAAAACAUUUACUGGUACAGAGAAAUGGGAAUUUUUAUGUAUUUGAUGUUCUUGAUAGAGAUGGAAAUAUGUUGAAACCUUCAGAAAUACAAGCACACUUGAAAUACAUCCUCAGCGACAACAGUCCAGCCCCGGCCUUUCCUCUUGGCUACCUCUCCAGUGAAAACCGAGAUACGUGGGCAUUGCUGAGAAAGAAUCUACUGGAUAAUGGCAAUGAAGAAGCUCUUCAAAAAGUAGACUCUGCUCUGUUUUGUUUAAGUUUAGAUGACUUUCCCAUUAAAGACUUUGUGCAUUUGUCCCACACUAUGUUGCAUGGAGAUGGUGCUAACCGCUGGUAUGACAAAUCCUUUAAUCUUAUUAUAACUAAGGAUGGCACUGCAGGAAUUAAUUUUGAACAUUCCUGGGGAGAUGGUGUGGCUGUGCUCAGGUUCCAGAACGAGGUUUUUAAAGAUAGCACCAAGGCACCAGCCAUCAGCCCCCAGUCCCAGCCUGCUUCAGUAGACUCUUCUAGAGCAGUGCAGAAACUUGACUUUAAGCUGAAUGAUGCCUUAAAAGCAGGAAUUACAAAAGCCAAACAGAAAUUCGAUGCCAGCGUAGAAGCACUGUCUCUUAAUCUGAUUCAGUUCCAUGAAGGGGGCAAGGAGCUUCUAAAGAAGAAGAAGGUAAGCCCAGAUGCUGUGGCUCAGCUUGCCUUCCAGAUGGCUUUCUUUAGACAAUACAAUCAGACUGUUGCUACAUAUGAGUCUUGUAGUACUGCAGCUUUCAAACAUGGUCGUACAGAAACUAUACGUCCUGCCUCUAUCCAUACGAAGAAAUGUUCGGAAGCUUUUGUCAGGGAACUGUCUAAGCAUAGCACAGAAGAGCUUCAGAAGCUGAUAGUGGAGUGCUCAAAAUACCAUGGCCGUUUGACAAAAGAAGCUGCUAUGGGUCAGGGAUUUGACCGACAUCUCUUUGGCUUGCGCUAUUUAGCGUUAUCCAAAGGUAUCGCACUGCCUGAUUUCUAUCAAGACCAAGCCUAUGCUCGCCUUAAUCACAACAUCAUUUCUACAAGCACGUUGGUCAGCCCAGCUGUGCAGUUAGGGGGGUUUGGCCCCGUGGUGUCCGAUGGCUUUGGAGUAGGAUAUCAGGUACAUGAUGAUUGGAUAGGUUGUAAUGUUUCCUCUUACCCAACUAGGAAUGGUAAAGAAUACCUUCAGUGUAUAUACAAGUCACUAGAAGAUAUCUUUAAUGUUUUAAAGGGCAAGAAAAUUGGUAGUUAGACAUAAAAACAUUAGAACACUUUACAGUUGCAGUACAAAAUGCAGACUGUCUAAUUGGUACACUAAUCAGUGUUCAAUGUGGCUGAGACCGCCCAGCUUAAUUGGCUUCGUUUGUCUUUGUUGAACUUGAAUACUGUUAGAUUCACUAUGAAAUUUAUACCUAUUUUAAAGAAAUCAAGUACAGACCUUGAGUGCGUGUUUCAGGAAAUACAGACAUUCACAAUGUCAAAAUUAAGUAACAGAUCAAUCUGUUCCAACAGAUCCAUGUGUUCUUAAACACAUUAUUUAAAAUAAAAAGCAUUUUUACCGAGUUUAUGAACUCGGAACAUCUAUGUUCCAUGAAUGCUGCAACAGACAACAGCACUGUGAUACCGCUCUUAAACCGUUUGAUUUAAAAAAACCAACCAUAUGCAGUAAUUUUAAAUGAGAAAGAGUGGUUACAUUUGCACUCUUGCAGUAAGCUCACUUACCAACUCAUCACACUUACUUUUCUCUUUAAACUUGAAUUAAUGCUGGAACUGAUUGUGCCUCAACUGCUUGAAGCCUUUCCACUGUAACAGCUUUUUGAGAAACAAAAAAUGAAGUGGGAGGCCUUAAGUAACCUGCAAUCACCGUGUUGUUAAAUUGACUGGAAAAGACUGUAUUGUAAUAAAACUGUCUAUUAAUAACUACAAAGUUCUUUUAUUGCCAUAUCAAAAUUAGACAGAAUGGGUAGUCCCUUUAUCAAUAGCUCAUGUUUUUUACAGAGGUUGAAAGGAACACUGCUGAAAGCAAAGCAUGCUGCAGUGUUGGCUCUCCCUUUCCAGAUGUGAAGUCUGUCCAAUAACCUGCUUUUGUUUUGCUACAUAGAACUGUGCUCUUGUGCCUUAAAAAAGAAAAAUCGCUGAACUUUGUAUAUUUUGGGGUUCUCUCUUUCCAAACUUCCUCUUACUGUGGGAAAGUAACCUCAACAGAACAUUUUCCUGUUUUCUCCUUGUUCUGUCAGCUACAACUUUUGACUAUUUAUUGUAGCAAAUGCCAGUCUUAGUGCCUAGAGCUGCUUCUUUAAUGCAUGGGGCUUGUCACAGAAAUUCUGAAGACUAAGAUUUACCAGAACCGUCAGAAGGAUUGGAGGAGCUUGAGCAGACACCAGUAAAACUUAGCGAUGCUGUGAACACUGAUGCAGACAAGUUCCUCGCGUGCUGUUCACAGGUGGGACUCUGCCAGCUACAAAGUGGGUGAUAGCAAAAGGGGAAGGGGCCUUUUUUGGUUAAGAAGCCAAAGGUGCUCAGAGUUGCUGGGAUUACAACACAGAUGCCCUUUGCAUGAGAUAACCCUUGCUGCACAAAAUUCAUUAUGGUAUGUAUAACUUGAACUCCUCUGCCUUUUAAACCCUCUUGACUUCCAGUCUUUUUCUUCUGGGAAGACAUUUCUUACUCUGGAGCUGCAUAGCACAGUAGCGUCUGCCUCUGCAGCUCAGUGUAAAGCUAAUGCAGCUCAUGUCUUUCAGCACAGCCCAGUGUGUCCUGGACAACCAAAUAUAUCAGCAGAACAUAAAGUCUGAGCACGUUGGUUGGAUGUGACAGAUUAGGUUCAGAAGCUCAGAAACCUCCUUGCUUUUACUCUUCCUUUGGAUAUUUCAGCUUCCAGGUUCUCCUAGUGUCUUUUUCCUUUAUCACAGUAAGUGUAAGCAAUACCGUAUCUUGAAGCAUGAAGUGCAGAUGCUAGGAAGGGGUGCGGCAUGCUUUAAAUAUAUAAGUCCAAAAUCUUUUCCUAGUCAUGGCUGUUUCUUCUGCAGCCUGUAAUAUGCUGUUCUAGUUUUCAGUUGAAAAGAAUUAUUUUAAAACUUACUGUGAUUGUUAUUGUUCGUUUAAACAAAGAAAGGAAGGUGAUCAUUUGGGGGGGAUGAAGGAAACAAUCAGACCAAAAGUCUGAAUGAAGUUCACUAAAGGUUUUUGCGUUUGUGUUUUUGGUUGGUUGUUGUUUUUUUUUAAACAUGAGAACAGCUGGCACACUUGCCAAGAAGUACAUUUGUCUUCAACUAGAAAUAAGUGAGGUUUACUUAAUGACACUCUCAGAAAGAUAACUUGAUUUUCAGAAGAUUGUAAGAGCUAUGUGUGUCAGUAAUGGUCAAGCUUAAUGAGUUCUCAGUAAACUCACCUCAGGGUCUUUACUUGAACUGACUGAAAGCUAUUAAAGAUGAACCUUUUCACUUGA